AUGGACCGUUUGGGCCCGUCUUUGGAUAGCGUCAUGGAGAAGACCAAAGAAGACGAGUUCAGCCUCAAAACGACUCUUCAAAUCAUGGAUCAAGUCAUCACCCGUAUUCAAGCUUUACAUGAACGACAUUACAUCCAUCGUGGCAUCAAGCCCGACAACUUCUGCAUUGGCCUGCCAGGGAGCAAGACCGAGAAUACGGUGUAUAUGAUCGAUUUUGACAACGUCAAGGUAUUCAGGGACCCCGAAACCCAUAUGCAUAUACCCUAUCAAGAGGACCGGAACCCCACCGUCAACCCAUACUGGUCGUCUUUGACUGUAGACUCGAGGAUUGAGAGUUCUAGGCGAGAUGAUAUGGAAUCAGCUGGCUAUAUGGCGGUCUUCUUUCUCAAAGGCUGUCUACCUUGGUGGUACGAGCGUGAAUGUCGUCCAGCAUACCCAGAGCACUGUCAAAAGAAGGACACCACUCUCGAGUAUCUCUGCGCGGACCUUCCCGAAGAGCUCUCGACAUACAUCAGCUACAGCCGUUCACUCAAAUUCGAUGAUGAGCCCGACUAUGAGUAUUGCCGUGGGCUCCUUCGACGAGUGUUUGAGAGAGAAGGUUACAAGGAUGAUGGCGUUUAUGAUUGGGCCAGGAGUCCCCAGGUUUCUGCAUGGGGAGGUGACGAUACCGAUGUUGAGACGAGCGAGGACGGGCCUUCUGCUAGCCAGACCGAGGUCACGGAGGCUUGUUCUACCCCACCAAUCGUACCCUCCGUCCAAGAGGAACAAGAGCAACAAGACGGUACCGAUGCGUCGUCGCCGUCCAAGCCGGGCAUUGUAGAGCGAGCGAGUGAUAUUCUCAGGGAAGCUUUUGGGAAACCAAAAAAGGCAGAAAUCACGCCGUCUACGACGGAACAUGUCGAACACACUCCUCCUCCGCCUCUCAGCGAGUGCACCACCUCGACUGCUCCUGCCGAUCAGGAUAUCUCUGAACACCACUCCAGCUCCAUACCCCAAAACAUCUCCUCCCCGCCUACAGCAAUCGAUAUCCCCUCCCCCGCCGGUAACUUGUCCGAGAUCAUCCACCACGGCGCCCCCUUGACCGGCCGACCCCAAUCCAAGAAGAAGGCCAGUCUCGGAGGUGAAGAGGGGAGUACUGUGGUGGACAGGGCGGUGGGAGUGGGGCUGGAGGGAGUGGAGGAUACGCCGAUGGGGGAGAGGAGUAAUCCGUUUAGCUCGGUACCGCUUGGUGAACUUGGGCUUGGUGCAAAACCGACUCCGGUGGCGCCGUCUUCCGAGCAUGGUGAGAUCGAGAGCGAUGGGUCUGAUAGUGAAGAGGAAAGUGGGCAGCUCGCAAGGGGCGUCCGAGAGUCUGCGCCUGAACCUGUCGACCCGCAGUCUGAAGGCAACACCAACAUCCACUUCUCUUCCCAACCUCGUAUCUUGCCAGCAUUCGACACCAAGCCUUACGUCCCUCCCAGCUCCCACUACCCCUCGCAACCCCAAAACCAAACCUCUCCUUCCCUCUCCCCCAAAACCAGCCCCAAACAAGAAACAAUCACCCUCCCAAUCUAUCCCCUCCCAGCCUCCCCCUCCCGCUCCAUCUCCGCCCCCAUCGUUUCCUCCCCCUCCUCCGCUCAGUCUACUCCGCUGCCACUCCCGAUUUCUUCCAGAGGCGCGCCAGGGCAGAGAGAUGUUCCCCGGAUCUUCCCGUCGCUGGGGUCCGUGGUGGCAGAGCCGGCUUGGUCUCGCGAGGGAUCGCCCGAGCUCGGCUCAGAGCUUGAGGUCAUCCCGUCUUCUCCUCCACCUUCUUCCCUCCCAAAGGGUUUGUCCUUGGAACAGGAUGAGGAAGAGGAGUAUCAUCCAGGGAAGAAGAGGGACCACGAACCGCGGCUUUGUGAACCCCGAAGUGAAGGACCAGAAAGUCUGGCUUUUGGGAGUUUGAGAGUCCAUUCCCCUGGUUCGUCUGUCUCUCCUCUUUCACCGGUUUCGCCUGAUAUCACCACACCACCUUCUGUUUAUGAUUCUGCUUCUGCUUCUGCGGCCUCUGGAGGCGGGACUGGUGUGCAUUCGGGAAGUGGAAGUGGUGUUGGGACGGGGACAGGGACGGGAACGGGGAAGGGCAAAGCACCGCCCCUCCCCUCGACGCUUGUGGCUACGUUGCAGCAGCAAGCGGAGGAGCAGGAAGAAGGUGCGGGGUUGAAAAAGUUGACGCCUAUUCAUCCGGAAGAGUAG